UGAGAGUGUAUUUUUGACUCUACCCUUUGCCCCGGUGCAUGAAAGACAAUGGCUUUCAAAGCCUUUACACAAACGCUCGUCUAUGAAAAGCAAGUGCCUCCGAGAGAAAAAGACAAAUCCAGUAUCCAGUGCGUGGAGUGUUGCGAGCAAAAUGUUUAUUUUGGGACCAAAGAUGGGUCAGUGCAGCACCUUAUCCUCAGCACUGACAGAGAUCCGAGGCAAAACAGGGAAGAAAGGGGGAGGAAACUUGGAUCCAAUCAGCCGGUCCUCAAAAUAAGGGCAAUUCCGUUUUUGAACCAUCUAUUGGUGCUGUCGGACCGUAGCCUUUCUGCCCUCAACAUGUUCUCCUUGGAACCCGUUCCUGCACUGAAGAAGAUCCAGCAGGUUUCCUUAUUCGAGACACGUGACACACUUAUGGUGACUGCAUCGAACCGCAGGAGGGUGAUCCAGAUCUACUCGGUGAGCGUUGACCGCUGGGAUGUGGUGAAGGAGAUCCCACUGGGUCAGGACGCUCUGGCUCUGGCUCUGGCUACUGACGGUCCGAGUCUGUGUGUGGCGACGCCGGACAAGUAUCUCCUGUGUGACGUGGACAGGGGGACCGUCCUGGAGCUGUUUCCUCAUCGUCACAGCCGACAGCAAGUCAUCGCCACCUCAGUCGGCGGAGGAGAGUUCCUGCUGAACGGACCUCAGUCUCUGGGCGUGUUUGUGAUGAGGACGGGCAUAUGCCAGCGCCCCCCCCUGCAGUGGCCCGCGGACCUGCUGGCAGUGGGAGUGUGUUUCCCUUACAUCCUCACACUGCAGCCUCGAGCUGUGUCGGUCUACAGCCUGUUAGAUCAGCAGCACAAGCAGACAGUGAGCCUGAGCAAAGCCACAGGUCUGUCGUCCACAUCAGGCGGCGUCUUCGCCUUCACCGACAGAGAGGUUUUUCGCCUGCGCCAGGCUCCGCUGGAGGACCAGGUCCAGGCGCUGGUGAGGGAGGAGCGAGCCGAAGAGGCCUUAUUACUGCUGGACGCAGUUCAGAUCCAUCAUCCCGUCCACUCGCACAAGGAGCUGCGGAAGUCCCUCGCGUGUCUGGCCGGCUUCCAUCAUUUCCACCAGGAGAGAUUCCACGAAGCCAAAGAUCUAUUCGUUCAGGGCGAGCUGGACCCCAGAGAAAUCAUCCAUCUCUACCCCGGCGUGAGGUCAGUGCUCCUCCAAGACUUUCACUCCGGGUACGACCAGGACGACAAGUGCAGGGACCUGCAGACGCGCUGGAGAGCGGACCGAGGCUCACGUGAUGGUUACCUGACCUUCCUGGGGGACUUCCUCUCGACAGCCAGAGGGACUGAGGCGGCCUUGCACUGCAGUACGGAGGUGGACUCUGCCCUCUUGAGGCUGUACACUGAACAGGGAGACUCAGAGCGACUGCAGGGCCUGACUUCAGCUCCCAACUCCUGCAGCCUGGACAUGUGCGGCCCAGUGCUGGAGGAACACAACAGAUAUUUCGCACUGGGGCUUUUAUAUCAAAGCCACGGGAAGUACACAGACGCUCUGAAGAUAUGGAUGAAGAUCGUAGAUGGAGAUUACAGUGACCCCUCCUCCUCUGAUGUGUACGGACAUAUAGUGCGGACCGUCACUGUGAUGGAAGACAGGGACACUGUGUGGAUGUUGGCUGACUGGAUUCUCCUCAAAGAUCAAGAGAUCGGGGUGCAGAUCUUCAUGGAACGUCCAGAUCCGUUGGAGGCAGGAGACGUGUUGGGCCUCCUGGAGAAGCACCCGCUGGCCUUGACUCUUUAUCUUGAGUUCUUAAUUGUGGACUUUAAAAGCGAGGAGGAGACGCAUCACAGCCGCCUGGCUCUGGCUUAUGUUAGCCGCGCCGAUCUGGCCGCGACCAGAGACAAGCUGCAGCUGUUUCUCUGGGACUCCAGAUUCUAUAGUGUGGCCACUGUUUAUGAGCGGGUGAAGGAAACGUCUCUGCACUUGGAGAAAGCUAUUCUUAUGGGAAAGACGGGUCAGCACUCGGAAGCUUUGCAGAUGCUUCUUCGUGAGACAGGUGACCCCCAGGUUGCAGAGUUCUACUGCCUCAGGGCCGCCCAGGACCGGAGCCCAGAGUUCAGGACUGCUCUGCUCCUGGAUCUGCUCCAGCUCUACGUGAACUCAGAGAGCUUUUCACACUCUGCCGUGGACUUGCUCCGCAAAAACCUCCUGUUGUUUCCUCCUGAGAAGGUCGUCCGCCUCCUGCCUGACUCCUGGUCCGUGCAGCUCCUUUCCCAUUUCCUGGUGGGAUCUCUCCGGGAAACUCUGCACCAAAAGAGGAUGGCUGCGCUGCAGAGGUCUUUGAGCCAGGUAGAACUCUUGAGGCACAAGGCCGUGUGGAUGGAGACCGCGAAACCUCAUUUCACCAUCGACAAACUAAACAUCUGUCAAAUUUGUCAGAGAGACUUUUCAGAGUAUCAGUUUGUCUGUAACCUGAAGGGUGAGGUCACACACUUGAGCUGCCGAGGCACAGAGUCUUGAAACAAUUUCGGAAUAUAACAAAGGGAAUAUUGACCUGACCAGGCUCCAAGCCCGUAAACAGAACCCCAGGGGUCCGGCUUCCACCAGCACUUCAUCAUCAUUAAUAGGCAAUAAAGAAAAUAAAACCAAGUCGAUCAUGGGGAUUUUCAGCCAAGUGAAUGGAUUCACAGCUUCAUUAUUGUCAUGCACAGGAAAUAUAAGAACAUAUAACAUGACUGCACUCCCCAGUUGGUACACUAGGGGGUACAGUUGUGAUCUCCCUGUUGUACGUUG